AUGGAGAUCGGAUCGCAACAGGAUCAAGAAACGGGACGGACAUGGCAAGCCCAGUCGAGAUUUCUGAAUUCCUGCAACGGCUGUCGAGCCCGCAAAGUGAGGUGUAUCAAGCAACGCGAGUCAGACGCUGUAUGCAUCAAUUGUCGUAGACGGUCAGAAGAUUGCCGCUUUUCUCGCUCCAAAGUUCGUAAGUCCCGGUCAGCCAAGGGCCAACUACGUCGGCAGACUACAAAUCCCGGCGCUGCAGACCCCGUCACGCCGCUGUCACGGGCGCCAUCUUCCCCUGGUGCUCGAUCUCAGCCAGACAUCAUCGCGGCAUCACCUUCACGGAGAUCCAUGGUCCGCAACUCCGAUGCCGAAGCUCAAUUUGAGCCUUCAGCCACUGAAACCCUGCAUACCGCCAAUCAAGUAGUUCCUCCUACCCCAGUGGAAUAUCCUGUUAUCAUGGCCAAUGAACAAGAUGUGUCUAUCUCCAGUCUUGCCUACUUCUCUAACAGAAAAUUGAUCGCGUUGUCGAGACGGAUCGGUACUACCCAAGUCGUAGAUCUAUUGGCAACAAUUGAGGCAGCUGUUAAAUCAAUUACGCGAAGUCGUGUUGGGGCAAACCCGUACCCAAGCGAUUUAGAAAAGGAAGCUCGAUCUAUGUGCUUAUCUCAACAGUGUAGACUGGAUUACAUUCAGUCCUACUUCGAUCAGGUUCACCCACUUUAUCCAUUCCUUGACCGCUCCACUUUCGAAAGAAGGGCACGUUCAUCACAGUUUGGGGAUAUUAGAAAUAUGGACCCUGCUUGGUGCGCUUUGUACUACGCUGUCCUUGGCCUUGGAAGUCUAUACCAUGACUGUGGUAGCUUCGAUGCCUUCUCAGGACAUGCUUGGGAUAUAUUUCGAGUCUCUCUUGCUUUGUUCCCUCGACUUGUCUUUGGUCAAACAAAUCUAGUCACAGUCCAGGCGGUAGCUGCUAUGGCUAUCUUUGGUGUUACAUAUGCCGCACUUCCUAUUGAGGGUGUCUUGAUUAGUGAGGCGGCAAGGAUUGUGAGCCAUUUCCAAAUGACUAAGGCUGAGGCAUGUCGAUCAUCGAUAAUACCGAGCCACGACAUAUCAUGCCCUGUCCCUCAGACGAACUUACCGUUCUUUUCAGACUUCAACUGGCUUCAGUGCAAAUCAGAACAUGCUCAGAUGGCCUCCGAUAUAUACCGAAGACUAUUCUCGGUCAAGGCCAGGUCAUCUUCCCAAGAUCUGCGUCAGCGAGAGGCGAGUCGUUGCUUGGAAGAACUAGAAAGUUGGAGGCUAUCGAUUCCAGAGAGUUUUCGUCCAGGGCUUCGACUCCGACCUCAUCGGUUUGGUCAGCCUCAGGCAAUUUACUUAGCAGUCCAAGUCCAUUUCUCUUACUACAACAUGCGCAUUGCCCUUUCGCGGGUUUGUCUCCUUGCGUGGGCUCAAGAUUCCGAGGAGCAAAAGCGCUACAAGCUUCUUCUCACUGAAUCUGCAAGAUCCAUCAUAGACCUGGUGCACUUUAUAGAACUUGAGCCAUUUGUCCUGCCAUGGGUACAAUACAACAUGCCGCAGGCCGCCUUAUUUAUCUUGUUUGAUUUUAUUAUUGAAAAUUCCUGUCACGAAGAAACGAAAAAUAACCUGUCAUAUAUGCAGAUAGCCACAUCUUACUUUAUGCGGCUGCAAUAUGUGACCGGAAAUAUGGUUUUUGGUACGGUUGUAACUCAAUUCCUACAAAUAGCUACCAAGUUUGUGGAAGGCACAUGCAUCUCAAGCAUAACUCAGCAAGAAGUUUCGGCAAACCAAGUAGGCUCUGAACUAUGGCAGAGCCACGACAACGGUAUAGAAAUGAUUAAUUUUGAGGAGUCACUUGGCUCUCAGGGCCUCCAGUUCCCCAUCCACAAUGGAUUUGAGUUCCAGGAUAUGGAUUUUUGGCUGACGGAAAGUGGAGUUCUGUCUUUUCUCGAAUUGAAUGGGGAUUUCGGUUUGCCGAACCCGGAAUAUGAAGGGCAUUUGGUGAGGGAGCAGGAAGACACUCAGUGA